CUGGCCUUGCGUCGCGCACAUCACGAUCUGCAAUUCUAUGUGGCCGCGUUCAGCUAUCUGCGACACGCCCAGCUGCACUGGGACUACGAGAACCUGCAAAAGCAGAGCGUGCUGUCCGCCGAGCUGCUGCGCUAUCGGAGCAGCGCACGCACCGUCCUCUGCAUCGUCGAGGAGGCCAUCAAUGGCAGCAGCCGCCUGUAUGCGCCCAGCCCGCAGAAGCAUCAGUGGCACAAGAAGCUGUCGCUUCACCAGAUCAAGACGGUGCCGCGAGAGCCCAUGGAGAAGCGUCUGCAGAAGUUCAAGACGCCGCUGGUGGAGCUGCAUCGCCAGGCGGUGCUGGCCGCUCGCAACCAGCCAGCGGGUGAGCCCAGCAAGCCGCAUCAUUUGGAUGCGCUGUUUCUCAAGUUCCAGUACAUGGAGUACCUGAAGCAUAUGACACAGCUGCUGGCCAAACAGCGCAAAAGGGACUGCACGAGCACUGCACAACAGCUGGCAACGCGGCCAAAAUCGCGACAAAGGCAGCAACAGGCUGCGUAG